AGGGAAUUUGUCAUCCAACCAAUAAAAAAAAUAGCAAUGGCGGUAGCGAAGCUGCUUCUCCCGUCGUCUCUCAAUCUCCCAUCCAAAUUGAAAAUCACUAGAGAAUCUCCCUCUCUCCAUAAUCAGCCAUGGAGUUUAAAGAAGAACAAGCGACGGCAUCCACCUGGGAUUUCCUCCUCGCUUCACGAGACUGCAACAAUCGCCGUUCAAACCCCUCUGUUUGUGCUUGCAGACGCCGCCGUCGGCUAUUCCAGUGCCAGCUAUUACACCUCCUUGGGUCUAUUCGUCAUCUCCGUUCCAGGUCUUUGGUCCCUUAUCAAACGCUCUGUUAAAUCCAAGGUUGUGCAAAAGACAUUCGUAGAGCAACUAAAGGAAGGAAAAAAGAAGGAACCUAACCAGAUCGCCGGAGAAAUUCUCUCCUUCUUCACUCGCAACAACUUCUCAGUGCUAGAUAAAGGAGAGACAAUCACGUUCGAAGGCACGAUGGUUCCGAGCAGAGGGCAAGCGGCGCUGCUUACAUUUUGCACCUGUAUCAGCCUCGGAAGUGUGGCUCUCGUGCUUACCAUCACCGCUCCAGACGUCGGCAACAAUUGGUUCGGCCUCAUCGUUUUCAGCCCAUUGGCUGGAGCGUAUUACUGGAAGCGAGCAUCGAGAAAGGAGCAGAUUAAGGUGAAGAUGAUGGUGGCGGAAGACGGGACGCUGUCGGAGAUUGUGGUUCAAGGGGACGAUCAGCAAGUUGAGCAGAUGAGGAAGGAGUUGCAGUUGAGUGAGAAAGGCAUGGUUUACGUUAAAGGCAUCUUUGAGAGAUGAUGAGAUUCGUAUUUUUGCUAUCUCAAACUAAAACUGUAAAACAUUACUUCUAAACACCGGCUUAAUACAGAAGAGUAUAAUUUUUUUA